AUGUUAUCUGCACACCAAAAUUGUGUAAAUAAAGACCAAUUAUUGACGCUCCGAUUGGCUGCGCUACAGCAACGCUUUCCUAUUCCACAAGCUUUUGCCUUAGCUGGAGUUGGCGAAGAUUCCUUUGGACUUCAUCCCCAAAAUAAUUUACCACCUUCACUUCCUCUAAAUUUACUCACAGACCAAUUCUUCGUUAAUCAAAAUAAUAAUCUUCCCCAACAACCAAAAAGGAGUAUUUCUACUGUGCCUCAAGCAUCGACUACAACAGCAUCUGUCCCUUCUUCGCUAGAGACUGAUUCUUCUGCUGCUGCAAAUUUUGGUUUCUAA